AUGCAUGCCAUUAAGACAUUGGUCCUCGUUGGCCUUGCUGCCGCUCAGUUUCCGCCAAGGCCUGAGGGGCGAAAGGUUUUGCGAUCCAAGUUUCAUGAGAAUGUGACCAUUUCAUACAAAGAGCCAAAUAUCUGUGAGCUAGAGGACUCGGCAAAGUCCUACGCCGGGCACGUUCAUCUCCCACCCGGUUUGCUAAACGAUAUCAAUGGAGAAAAACAAGAGUAUCCCAUCAAUACGUUCUUCUGGUUCUUUGAGUCGCGCUCUGCACCACAUGAUGCUCCUCUUGCAAUCUGGCUCAAUGGUGGACCUGGAGGCUCAUCUCUACUCGGCCUCUUUGCUGAGAAUGGUCCCUGCACGGUGAAAAACGACUCAACAACCACCGAAUACAAUCCUUGGAGCUGGAAUAACUUUGUCAACAUUCUUUACAUUGAUCAGCCGAAUCAAGUGGGCUUCUCAUAUGAUGUGCCCACUAACGGCACGAUGAACCCGGAAUAUGAUACGAUCACCGUCGCCGACUUCUCUGAAACUAUUCCCGAGAGCAACUUUACCUCACGGAUCGGUACCUUCUCUAGCCAGAAGGCCUCUAACACAGCAAAUAGCACAGAUCAGGCCGCCCAUGCACUUUGGCACUUCGCUCAAAUCUGGUUUUCUGAGUUCCCACACUACAAGCCUGACGAUGACAAGAUCAGUCUCUGGACAGAGAGCUACGGGGGCCACUACGGCCCAGGGUUUAUGAGGUUUUUCCAGGAACAGAAUGAAAAAAUAACAAACGGAACAAUCGAGGAGGAAGAUGCCCAUUAUCUUCACCUUGACACUCUCGGGAUUGUGAACGGACUGGUAGAUAUUGUCUUACAGGGGGAGGCAUGGAUUGAAUUCCCAUAUAAUAACACAUAUGAGAUACAAGUGUUUAACGAAUCCCUUCACGAGGCGCUCAUGACAAAUUGGACCACUCCCGGGGGCUGCAAAGAUCAAUUGCUUGCCUGCCAGGACAGAUUGAGCGCGUUUGACGUCAACACAAGCAAUCGCGGAUCUGUCGACGUGAAGGAAAUAUGUGCUAUCGAACCAUGGUGUGAUCUUCAGAGUGUCAAUCUCUACAACGACUUGGGCCACGGCUUUUAUGAUAUUGCCCACCCGCGGGCUGACCCUUUCCCUCCAUACCAUAUUUUAGGUUAUCUCAGCCAGGAGCGUGUACUCGCCGCCAUCGGUUCCCCCGUCAACUUCACCGCCAUAUCCAUGACCACUAACUCAAUCUUCAUGAGCACUAAUGAUUUUAUUCACGGAGGAUUCCUCGAUGCCAUGGCCUAUCUCCUCGAUUCAGGCGUAAGUAUCCAUAUGAUCUAUGGUGAUCGUGACUAUGCUUGCAGUUGGAUCGGAGGAGAAGCAGCCUCCCUCGCCGUCCCAUAUUCCCGCCAGGCUGAUUUCAUCAAGUCCUCCUACGGCAAGUUCCAAAUUUCCGACGGGGAUGAUGGCUUUGCCGGUAUAACACGCCAAAUGGGUAACUUUUCCUUCACACGUCUCUUCCAAGCUGGACACAUGGUACCGUCGUACCAGCCAGCAGCCGCCUACGAGCACUUCAUGCGGGCGGCCUUCCAUAAGGAUAUUUUUACCGGAACAACCCGGGUACACGACAAUCUGCAGAACGGUGGGGAGGUGUUUGACCGCUGGUUGAAGAAUCCCGCACCAGAGUGGGUAGCACCUCAGUGCUAUGUGCUGGAACCUAGCACUUGUACCGAGGAAGUAUGGGCAAAGGUGAAGGAGGGUAAGGCGAAGGUCGAGAAUUAUUACGUCGUUGAGAUUAUUGAUCAACCGGGGGAGGCACAGAAGGAGCAUCUUGAGAAUGACGAGCUGUAA